AUGACUCAACUUUCCGACUACCGCGUGUUGUCCUUUGAUGUCUACGGCACCCUUGUGGACUGGGAGGGAGGCAUCCUGGCUGCUAUUCAGCCCACUCUAGACAAAAAUAAUGCCCAAUUCUCGCGCAAACACCUCCUUACCAUUUAUCACGAGCUGGAGCGAGAGCAGCAGACCAAGACACCCGAGAUGCCCUACCACCAGUUGUUGACCACUUUACUCCCGCAGUUCGCCAGUCGCCUGGGCCUGGCGGCCCCCUCGCAGGAAGAAUGCAACCAGUUCGGGGAGUCAGUCGGCAGCUGGCCUGCCUUCCCGGACACUGUUGAUGCUCUCAAGUGCCUCUCAAAGCACUACAAGUUGGUCGUUCUAUCGAAUGUUGAUCGUGCAUCUUUCGCCAAGACCAACGCAGGCAGCCUCGAGGGCUUCCCCUUCGAUUUGAUCAUCACUGCUCAAGAUGUGGGCUCCUAUAAGCCUGAUCUCCGCAACUUUGAAUACAUGCUCAAAGCGGUAAAAUCGACCUUCGAUAUUGAACCCUCGCGGGUCCUGCAAACCGCCCAGAGCCAGUUCCAUGACCAUCACCCUGCCAGCAAGAUUGGAAUCAAGUCCGCCUGGAUUGAGCGACCCGGCGCCAGUAUGGGAAAUCUGUCGGAUAAUAUUUAUGAUUGGCGGUUUGACACUAUGGGCGAUAUGGCUAAAGCAAUUGGGGCCGGACAGUAG